AUGGCAGUCAUUCUUCUCAACUGUGUGACACUGGGGAUGUACCAACCUUGUGAAGACCAAGUCUGUGAUACAAUGCGAUGUCAAGUUCUUGAGAAGUUUGACCACUUCAUCUUUGCAUUUUUUGCCAUCGAGAUGAUUAUCAAAAUUGUGGCAAUGGGACUAUGGGGCAAGUUAACCUACCUAGAUGAUUCCUGGAACCGCCUGGACUGUUUCAUCGUGCUGGCCGGCUCCAUAGAGUAUGGUAUUGACAGUGAGAACUUAAGCCUCUCAGCAAUCAGAACCAUUAGAGUACUUCGUCCUCUCCGAGCUAUAAAUAGAAUUCCAAGUAUGAGGAUCCUGGUGAUGUUACUUUUGGACACCCUUCCUAUGCUGGGGAACGUUCUCCUUCUGUGUUUUUUUGUUUUCUUUAUUUUUGGUAUAAUUGGUGUCCAGCUUUGGGCAGGAGUACUGAGAAACAGGUGUUUUUUAAAUAUCAGCGAAAACAUAUCUUAUGCACAUGCUAAUCUUAGCCCCUACUUCAUUCCAAAGAAACUUAAUCAGGACUAUAUAUGCAGCAUGCCUGGGGAGUCGGGUAUGCGCCAGUGUAAGAACUUUUACAGGUAUGAAUAUGAAGGUAUUAGGUGCAAUGGAAGUGCCCGCCCCUUCAGCAAUAACACACCAACCAACGACUCCUGUAUCAACUGGAAUCAGUACUACACCACCUGUAUGGCAGGUGAUAAAAACCCUUUUCAGGGGGCUAUCUCCUUUGAUAAUAUAGGUCUUGCCUGGGUGGCAAUAUUUCAGGUCAUCAGUCUGGAGAGUUGGGUAAACAUUAUGUAUUAUGUUCAAGAUGCUCAUUCCUUUUGGGACUGGACAUACUUUGUUGCUCUUAUAGUUAUUGGCUCAUUUUUUAUGAUUAAUUUAUGCUUGGUUGUGAUAGCGACACAGUUUUCUGAAACAAAGAAGCGAGAGACGGAACGAAUGAUGCAGGAGAGAAAACGUUUCCAUUCAUCAAGUACAUUAGCUAGUAAUUCUGAACCUGGAGGUUGCUAUACAGAAAUAUUGAAAUAUCUUGCUCAUUUAUGGCGUCGAGCCAAAAGAGAUAUUGUAAAGUUUUACUAUGAAGCUCGUGGAAGGACUCACCCACACAGAAAAAUAAAGCCAGAGUUGUCUCUACGAAAGCGCAAGAAAAAAGGUACACGCUAUACAAAGGGUACGGCUUUGUCUCGCUUCUCCAAGCCUGGCUCAUGUCCCUGCUGCUCCCAUCGAUGUAACUAUUAUUAUCAUGUACUUAACACUACUGACAAUCAUAUAUUACGCCGUAACAGUAGUCCUAUUGCACCUAGAGCUAGUCCUGAGAUGUCAGACAUAGAAUCUGUAUCUUCACCACAACGACCAAAUUUUCUGACUGUGCCAAGCAUGAACAGUAUGCGACUGUCGUCUUCGGACUCUGUUAACACGCUGGCUUUAGCGGCCACUGAUGCGCUUGGCUCCUCGCUACUAAAGUCUUCCCCAAACCAUCUGGCUCUGCAUGCGGCCAGUGUGAGUAGAACCUCCUCAUUUACUGUUAGUAGGAAGCACCUCCCUUCACUGCCUGAGACGCUUGCUACACACUGUAAUAAGACAUUAGCCUCCUCAAACACGCUGCUGCAGUCCUGUUGUAGCUGUAGCCAGUCCAAACUCCACCACAAAGGCUGUCAUAAGGGUUUACCAGAAGAGCUCCUGGAUGUCAUCACAGACAAGCAGCUGUCCAGCUACCUCGUCAAUGACUAUGACAAGCAGAGUCAAUGUAAUCACUCCAGUUCCCAUGAUAACUGUGAUAUGGACCGAUAUGAUAUAGAACGAAGUAAAGAUUCAGUUAAAAACAGAAAUAAGCCAGAAAGAUAUAGAGUGAGUUGGGCGAGGCCUUGGCUUGGCAGUUCUCAUAUGGGCCACCAUUUUAUGUCCUAUCUGCAUGAUGGUCUAUUCAUGGUUUAUGAUAAGAGCAGAGUUGAUGCACUUAUGCUUGACUUGUGCAUUAGUGUUGAUACCCUCAUGCUUGACCGGUGCAGUAGUUUUGGUGCCCUCAUGCUUGACCGGUGCAGUAGAGUUGAUGCCCUCAUGCUUGACCGGUGCAGGAGUUUUGGUGCCCUCAUGCUUGACCGGUGCAGUAGAGUUGAUGGCCUCAUGCUUGACCGAUGCAGUAGAGUUGAUGCCCUCAUGCUUGACUGGUGCAGUAGUGUUGGUGCCCUCAUGCUUGACCAGUGCAGUAGAUGCAGUAGUGUUGGUGCCCUCAUGCUUGACCAGUGCAGUAGUUUUAGUGCCCUCAUGCUUGACCGGUGCAGUAGAGUUGAUGGCCUCAUGCUUGACCGGUGCAGUAGUGUUGGUGCCCUCAUGCUUGACCGGUGCAGUAGUGUUGGUGCCCUCAUGCUUGACCGGUGCAGUAGUGUUGGUGCCCUCAUGCUUGACCAGUGCAGUAGUGUUGAUGCCCUCAUGCUUGACCUGUGCAGUAGUGUUGGUGCCCUCAUGCUUGACCGGUUCAGUAGUUUUGGUGCCCUGAUGCUUGAUCGGUGCAGGAGUGUUGGUGCCCUCAUGCUUGACCGGUGCAGGAGUGUUGGUGCCCUCAUGCUUGACCGGUGUAGUAAUGUUGGUACCCUCAUGCUUGACCGGUGCAGUAGUGUUGUUGCCCAAAUGCUUGACCUGUGCAGUAGUGUUGGUGCCCUCAUGCUUGACCAGUGCAGAAGUGUUGAUGCCCUCAUGCUUGACCUUACAUCAGUGUGGUUAUUUCUACCUUACAGUGGCUUAAGUAUCUUUCAAAGCUUUAUGGAGAAGGUGGUGGAGCACCAUGUUUUUCGACGUGGUAUCAUGUUUGCUAUCCUCAUCAACACUGUUGGUAUGGGCAUUGAGUACCAUAACCAGCCAAUUGAACUUACCCAGGCAGUUGAGUACAGCAAUAUAGUUUUCUGUGUCUUGUUCGCUCUGGAAAUGCUGUUUAAACUGAUGGCCUAUGGACUUUUUGGUUACAUUCAAAAUGGCUUUAAUGUGUUUGAUGGGUUCAUUGUAAUUCUCAGUAUCAUAGAACUUCUACAGGAAGACGAGAACAGUGGUCUCUCUGUGUUACGAACAUUCCGUCUGCUUCGCAUUCUCAAAUUGGUACGAUUCAUGCCUGCCCUGCGACGCCAGUUGGUGGUCAUGCUGCGGACGAUGGACAACGUAGCCACUUUCUUUGCUCUUCUUGUCUUGUUUAUCUUCAUAUUCAGUGUACUGGGCAUGAAUUUGUUUGGUGGCAAGUUUUGUUGGCGUGACGAGGGAAUCCCCUGCACUUGUGCGGAUGAGUCUAACCCUGCCCUACGCUGCGUUUGUGAUCGAGCCAAUUUUAACAGCUUGUUGUGGUCCUUGGUGACUGUAUUUCAGGUACUAACACAAGAAGACUGGAACACUGUGUUAUACAAUGGCAUGGAGACAACCUCUGCCUGGGCAUCACUUUAUUUCAUUGCUCUAAUGACGUUUGGAAAUUACGUCCUAUUCAACUUGCUUGUAGCCAUCUUGGUGGAAGGAUUCUCAACAGAUGAGGAAGAAAAAAAGAAAAUGAGGGAAUGCAAAGUAAAGGAAGUACAGUCUGUGACGUCCGAGACCAAUAAUAAUGAGGAGAAAAAUGAAACAAUCAAGCUGAAGACCAUUGACAUGGUACAGGUGAAAAUCAACAACAAAGAAAAAGAGAAAAUGCUAGCAAUGUGUCCAGUGACAAUUAUUAAAGAGGAAAACAAGGUGAAAUGUACCCCUGACCCACCAAUCAUCACACACACAGCAGCCACACCAAUGCCUACUCCCCAAGGUUCACCAAAUGAACAUGGAUGUAAGGAUUACAACAAAGCUACACUCAGUGUCCAUCCACCACGAGGAUCAACAUCAUCUAAGUCCUCCUCGGUCAGUAUCCCACUACUAACAAAGUCCUCCUCGACCAAUUUAAGUGUGCGUUCCUCACCACGUCUCUCUCCAAGGGUUUCUCCAUGUCUACGACGUUCACAGAGUUAUGGAAGUAGAAACAGCUGGAAAGGUCGAAGGUCAAGGGAGGGCGACCGUCGUUACUUGGUGCCUGACUCUAAGUUGGAUAGUAUGGACACUGAUGAUGAUGAUGUAUUUCAGCCCAAUUGUAUCAUUGUCAAUAACAGGCCUGAAUGCAAUGGACAUCUGCCCCUUAACAACCAGAGAACACUUAGUCCACAGAAUUCCAUAAAGAGACCGCCAUUUCCAUCACCAAGAAAUUCCAUCAAGAUUCGCAAUAAUUCUGUGAGCAGUACUCAGAGUGUCUGUAACUCUAUUAUUCUGAGUCGCCAGAACUCUUUUACCAGUCACAGGACGAUGAACUCUCUGUCGUCAGUGAAUGGCAUUAAGGAUGAUUACAAACAGAACAACCUGUCGUCAGACACAGUGGUUGAACCUCAGCCUGAUGAAGAAGAUGAAGAGGAAGACCCUGAUGCCAUUGAUGAAGCGAAUUGUAGCUGUUCUUGGUGCCCAGAGCCAAAAGGAUGCUUCAAAACGAGAAAGGAAUACUCAUUGUACCUGUUCCAUCCUAACAACAGGCUACGUCGACUGUGUCAUCAUUUCAUGGCCCAGAGUUUGUUUGACAACAUGAUUCUCCUUUUCAUCGCCCUCAACUGUAUUACACUAGGGAUGGAGCGACCAGAUAUUCCUCCAGAUAGUGCUGAGAGAAUGUUUCUGACUUAUUCAAACUAUGGUUUCACCAUUGUGUUUGCUGUGGAAAUGACCAUAAAGGUGCUGGCAAAGGGACUCCUGAUUGGAAAACAUGCCUACCUAAAGAGUGGUUGGAACAUCAUGGAUGGUUUUCUUGUUGGAAUUUCUCUUGUGGACAUCAUGAUCUCUCUCACAGCAAAUAGUAGCCCAAGAAUCUUUGGCAUUCUGCGUGUGUUCAGGUUACUGCGCACACUUAGGCCUCUCAGAGUGAUAAGUAGAGCACCAGGACUGAAGCUUGUUGUCCAGACAUUACUUUCCUCACUCAGACCUAUAGGUAACAUCGUUCUUAUCUGCUGUACCUUCUUCAUCAUCUUUGGCAUUCUAGGGGUGCAGCUGUUUAAAGGCUCCUUCUUCUACUGUAAGGGACCUGAUAUACAGCAUGUAAAGAACAAGACUCAAUGUUUAAAGGAUCCUCGUAAUAUUUGGAUCAACCAGAAGUACAACUUUGACAAUCUUGGACAGGCACUUAUGGCAUUAUUUGUGUUGGCAUCCAAGGAUGGGUGGGUCAGCAUCAUGUAUACUGGGCUGGAUGCUGUCGGUGUAGACCAACAGCCCCAAAUCAACUACAACGAGUGGCGUCUUCUAUACUUCAUCUCAUUCCUGUUGUUGGUGGGUUUUUUUGUCCUGAACAUGUUCGUAGGUGUUGUAGUAGAGAACUUCCACAAGUGUCGGGAGAAUCAGGAGAAAGAAGAAAGAGCUAUCAGGGCUGCCAAACGCUCACAGAAGAUGGAGGCCAAGAGAAAGAGUGAGAACAUGGAGCUCAACAGACCUCCAUACUGGGCUAAUUAUUCCAAAUGUCGUCUCCUCAUCCACGCUGUUGUCAAUAGUAAAUACUUUGAUCUAGCCAUCGCUGGAGUCAUAGGAUUAAAUGUCAUCACUAUGGCUAUGGAGUACUACAUGAUGCCUGCUGAGCUGCAAUUUGCUUUGAAGAUAUUCAAUUACUUUUUCACAAGUGUUUUCAUCAUUGAAGCCACGAUGAAAAUAAUUGCUCUUGGUAUGAUGCGUUAUAUCAAAGACAGGUGGAACCAGCUGGACAUUCUCAUUGUCCUUCUCUCUAUUGUUGGCAUUAUUUUGGAGGAAAUGAAAACCAAUGUCAUCCCUAUCAAUCCUACGAUCAUACGUGUGAUGAGAGUUCUCCGCAUCGCCCGUGUGCUGAAGCUGCUAAAAAUGGCCAAAAGUAUUCGUGCCCUCCUAGACACUGUCAUACAGGCUCUUCCAAACACAUUCCCCGACACACUGCGAGAGGAUUGUGAUGACUCAGCUUUGUGCCUCACUAACUGCUGUGUCAGUCCAAUCAUUGCCCCAGUCUACUUCGUCAUCUUUGUGCUCAUGGCCCAGUUUGUCCUCGUGAACGUUGUUGUUGCAGUGCUGAUGAAACAUUUAGAGGAAACUUACAAAUACAAAGAAUUGGACGAUGAGGUAGAAGAAGAGCUACGACAUGAAAUGGAUGAUAAAAAUAAAACUGAAAUAUUUGAACUGAAAUAUCAGGAAUCUCAUCGCAUGGUGGAUGAAGACGAGCUGUUAGAUGAAGAGGAUGACAAUGAAGAAGAAAAAGAAGAAUCAACUGGUAGAGAUGUCAAUGUUAAAGAGGAAGAGAUGGAGAUGAUGUUGAAGAUUAAAACACCUGUCCCAUCAUAUGUUCGUAAGUUAAAGACACCUAUCUGUAAACAAGCUUCUCUCCCACCCAGCUUUACCUUCCGACCACCGAGCAAUGAACCACCAAAUGAAAACGAACCUGUGAAUGGGUCCCUCCUGGUUCCGGUUGAUAUAACCAUAUCAAGCUUUGACAGCAGUGUUGAGUUGUCUGGGUCUUCAACUCUGGACGUCCCCCUGACACCAUCUACCUACUAUUCUGACAACUCCAGCUAUAUUGAAACAAACCUUGACCAUGAGCAUUCGCCUCAAGAAGAUUCUAGUAAUGACAUGUGUCAUAUACCACGUAUGAAUUAUCUAAAUCCUAAUGCAAAAAUGGUUAGUCCACAGCAAAAACAGCGAUUUAAAGAUCGAAAACUUGUACGCCAAAAGAGCUGUGACUAUGAUAGCCCACCAAUCACUGAGGAGUGUGUAAGUACACGCGGAAAACUUUUAUUAUCUCCCUGCCAAAAAUAUCGUGAAAAAGUAUCCCAGUCACAACCGUCUUUAUUGAUUGUUGGCAUGGAGGCACACAGAUGUUCAAAAACAUCCAAAUUAUCAGAGUGUCCCAGCCGCCGCCGACUUAGUUACUUGCAGCGAAGUCAAAGUAGUGGUGCAGAGAAAGCUCGAGUACGUGACCGCUACUGUUUUGGUGCUAGUCCACAGAGACCACAAAAUUCUAAUCAGCACAAACAUACGACAAAAGGCUACUCUGUCUUGCAUCCAUUGGCACAGGAUCCAAUUGCUUGUUCCCAUACUGUGCAAGGUCCUAUAGAUAAAACAGUCUCUCUCACAUCAUCGACCCACAUUUACCCGAACCAGCUGAAACAAAGCAGCAAUUCCCCAAACCAGCUGAACCGUAGCAGCACAUGUGACUCGCAGUCAAAUGACUGCUCAACAACAAGCGAUUGGACAGGAGAUGAUGCAGCCUGUGAUGAAGAGGUAAGGCAAAUCACUGGUGAUGACACAGAAGAAGAAGAGCUUGGUGAUGAUCUUCUCGACUGUUUUUCCCCUGAUGUUCCAGGGGAGCGUACUCUGCUUAUAGCUGAGGCCCCAGAAGAUGAGGCUGCUCCAAGCAGUACCACAACAGACACUCCAGAUAGUAGGCAGAGCAUGAUAGACUCAAAUUACAUGCAACAGACAUGUAACAAUAGCAACAGUUCAACAGAUAUCUCGGGUAGUAGGCAGAGUGUGAUAGACUCACAAGACAAGCAACAGACAUGUCACAGUGACAGCAGUUCAACAGAUAUCUCGGGUAGUAGACAGAGUGUGAUAGACUCACAAGACAGCAAGCAACAGGUGUGUCACAGUCUCAACUUAAAUCUACUUCCUACAGUGCCUUGUCAUGUACUUUCUGCAGAUAAACUCAGUUCCAAUGCCCACAGUUGUAGUCACUCUAGUUGUCAUGAUGAUAAUUGUAGUCACCAUAGCAACCAAAACAAUAAGUGUAAUGGUGAUAAAACCUCUGUCUUAGUACAUCCACUUUCCUCAGGAGAACCUUGUAAAGACUUAGAACAGGGCGAAAUUUGUGAUAGGUCUGCAUCAGAGGGAGAUAGUAAACUGUACACAGCCGACAAGGGGAGUAACUCCUCUGGCACAGCCAAAUUUCCUGUGAUACAUUUUGAUGACCCAUUACAGGUGCGGAGAAGGCACUGUUCCACAAACUCAGAAGAUGGGGAAUGCUUGUGA